CGUUCACGUUUUGUCUUGGUGCAGUGCAGUUGUGUCGUUAUGUCGCUGUAAGACGGCACCCUGGAACUCUCUACAGGCUGUGCUUGUAGUUGCCAGGGCCCAUCAUUCUACCGAAGGAACAGAUGGCCUGGCAGCCCAGGUAGCAGGAACACUGACCGCGGAGCUUCCCCGCAAGAUUUGUUCUCGAUCACGCACAAAAACAUAUACUUAAGCAGCAGACAAGCUGCAGCAGCUGCAGCACGCAGCAGCGGCGAUCGAGGAAAAUGGACCCUCCUCGGCAUGGAGACUCCAGCAGCAGCAGGCUGGAGUCGAGAUAUCUCCUCGUUCUACCGGUGUUGUUCUAUGAGUUCCUGGCGCUGGCGCUGAUUAGAGGUUUGUUGCCCACGCUGAUGCUGGACUUCUGGGGCAAGUGGACGUACACCGUGAUCGGCGUGAUCGACACGGGCAAGGGGUUGCUGGCGUUCGUAGCGUGCCCCAUGUUCGGGAGGCUCAGCGACGUGAUCGGUCGAAAGAAGUGCCUCUUCGUGACGGUGCUGGGAACGGCCUCCCCGGUGAUAGCGCUCUGCAUCUCCAACAACCUCUGGAUCUUUGCCGGGGCCGCGGCCUUUUCCGGAUGCUUCGCCGCGACGUUUCCGCUGGUGUUCUCCUACAUCGGAGACCUCGUGCCCCCCCAGCGAAGAGCACCCGCGUACGGCCUGGCUCUGGCGACGUUCGGCCUGUCAUUCUCCCUGGGGCCGGCCAUGGGGGCGUACAUCGCUCUCCAUCACGGAAACGGAGCCGUCUUCCUGUGCUCCGUCCUACUCAUCGGCAUCGACCUUGUUUUCAUCGCCGUUUACCUGCCGGAGUCGCUAGGGGCGGGGGAAGAGCUGGAGUUUGAGGGGGCGGGGGGGGAGGAGGCGGGGGGCGGGUUAAGGAAGGAGUUGCAGCGUUCGAGAACAGCGUCGUACGGCGGCGGGGACGCGUUGGGCGCGUUCCAGUGGAACCCUCUGGCGUCUCUAAAAGCCUUCUCGGGAAACCCUCUCCUCAAGACGACAGCCAAGAUAACGCUUCUCUACUACACUAGCGUGUGGGCGGUCGUGUCCACCCUGAUGGUUUACGUCGCGAGACAGUUUCAGUUUGGGCCGGUCAAGAUCGGGCAACUGCUGAGCGCGUUCGGCGUGUGCACCAUGUUCGCGGAGGGCGUGCUGGUGAGAUGGAUGGUGCCGAAGCUCGGGGAGAAGCUCACCCUCCAGAUCGGGCUCCUCGGCUUCGCGGCGCAGUGCGUGCUGCUGGGCCUGGCGCACUCGGAGUGGAUGGUUUUCUUGAGCAUGGGCGGGUCGUUGCUAAGCAACCUAGUCUACCCGUCCAUCUCGAGCCUCAUCUCCCGGUCGGUGGCCACCUCCAAGCAGGGGGAGGUCCUCGGGGCGAUCAACGGGGUCCGCGCGCUCACGGAGGGCUUCGGCCCCCUGCUGUUCUCGUGCCUGUUCUGGUACACGGAGGACACCCUCCUGCCCGGGUGCCCCUACCUGAUCGCCGCGGUGGUGUGCCUCGCGGCGCUGCUGCUCUCGUACGAGAUACCGGACGCGAUCGACGACGACGACUCGGGGCUGCUGCUGGGCACCUUUGGGAAAGACUUGCCGGAGGGGGGGGAGGGGGCGGAGGAGAUGGUGGCGCUCUUGGCGUCGGACGGAGAUUCCAGUGACGAUGGUGGAGGUGGCCGUGAGGAGAGGGAGGGGGCACCGAGAGGGGGCGGUGCAGCAUCGAAGCGACAGGAGUUGUGAAAUCGGCUCUUGUUGGUGUGGUAUGUAGUCGCGUGAUCUGCGGUGGUUGGGAAGAGGGUAUAAUCUGGGGCGCUGCUGACGUCGGCGGUGCAGUUUUUCAGCUUUCUUUGUUACGGUCGAAUGUACACGCGCAAGGCAAUCUAUUGCACACCAGCCAGCAGCGACAGCAGCAGCGGUUUCGUUGAUUCUCGAUCUCCCUAUUGCUGCUGUUUGGUCUACAUUCUUGUGUGUAGCCUGCGUCCAUAUGAUCUCAUUCGAUGCUUGUUCCAGGUCCUACAUAGUUCACAGUUUGUCUCCCAUCAUCAUUUUGACGACUCAUUGAAGAAUUGCCUGUGUUUCAUCACAACUGCCAGGCGCGACGCCAUGUAUUCUACUGGAGUAUUUUUUAGUCCCCGAGCGAUGCAAGCACCAGUCCAGGCUAACAACAGCGAAACGUGUGCCUGAUGUUGUGGCAACGUGCAUGUUCUUCGCCUGGCAUUCGCCGCCGUCCCCUACUAGCCGACGAAAAUCGCACGCUCGUCUGCUCUAAAGCUGUGGUGUACCAAAGCGCACACACUCGCGAUCCAAACGAACGCCU